CAAAUAUAGUUAAAUUCAUCAUUCAUCCUAGUAUUCUACCAUCCAAUAUUCAUUAUCCAAGGAUUUUGGUUUGAGUUCACGGAAUAAGGCUUUCUGAUUUUUGAUAAUAGCGAUUUGCGGCUUGUGAACUUACCGCUCAACAAAUAAAUAAUCAAUUAUCAAUAUAGCGUUCUUAACGACACCAAAGCAUUAUAAUAUAAAAAUAUCGUAAGCCAUCAGUCCGAUCCAUAAUAUUCGAGUGGCAAUGGCAAAUCUAAAUCCCGGCACACCGCCACAGCAAAAGAAACCGUCUCCAGAUUCACUUUUCUACCAGUUCUCACCAGAAGAAACCAGAGUCAUGAAUGAAUGCAACACUGAAAGUUUUUUUCAAAGAAGCCUACCACUAUCACUGAUUACAGGUGCUGUUUCCUAUGCUGCAGUUAAUGCCGGUUAUUUAAAGCGGAGUUUAAAAUGGGGUCCAUGGCCUAAAGUAAUAUUUGGUGGUCUGUUUGGUUAUCUAAUUGGUAAAUAUUCUUAUCAAGCAAAAUGUGCUGAAAAAUUAAUGCAGUUACCUAAUAGUGAACUUGGACGAGUGCUCAGGGAACGUAGAGGAAAAACAAGUGGAGAAUUUUUCCAAGAAAAUGUUACAAAUCCAACUAAUAUUACACCUGGAAAUGAUAUGCCAACACUUUUGACUGAUUACAAAUCUAAUGUAGAUAUUGAUAUGCAUAAACCUACAUACUCUUUAGAUACAGAUUAUAGACCCAAUUAUGAUGGUUUACCACUUAGGAAGGAAAAUGAAAUUUCACUGUCAAAUGUUACACCUACUUCUUACGAAGACCUUAGGAAACUUAAUAGACAAGAAUAUGAUAGAACACAACCAAAUAAAGUGACUUAUAGGCAACCACCUCUAUCAAAUUCUCAACCAAUAUGGGAUAAUCAAGCUUAUCCGCCAUCAAAUACUCAACCAACAUGGAAUAAUCAAGCUUAUCCAUCAUCUGACCAAACAAGGACUCCUCAACAUAGGGAAUCACGUAAUCAGUAUGGAGAUGUUGUAUAAUUAUAGAUAGUCAUUUCCCAUUUACUUAAUGUAAUAUAAUAUUAGUUUUGUUUGUUAUAACCUAAUA